AUGCCCACUCGGUGCCCACUACUCCCGCUGAGACCCACAGACAGACAAGGGGAAUGGGCAGCCGUGGCCCUAUGUAAAGAGGCUGUGCUUGCUCUGGCUGCGGUCGUGUGGAAGUGGGCUCAAGCAGGAAGAAUGUCCAAGAAAAAAGGUCUGAGCUUUGAGGAGAAGAGAGCUCGCAUGAUGGAGAUCUUUUUUGAAACAAAAGAUGUAUUCCAAUUGAAGGAUAUAGAGAAGAUUGCUCCAAAAGAAAAAGGGAUUACCUCAAUGUCAGUGAAGGAGAUUCUGCAAAGCUUAGUUGAUGAUGGCAUGGUGGACACUGAUAGAAUUGGAACCUCCAAUUAUUUCUGGGCUUUUCCAAGUAAAGCUCUUCAUGCCAGGAAGCGUAAAUUGGAAGAAUUGGAGUCUCAGUUUGCUGAAAGCACUCAGAAGAAAGAGGCAUUACAAAAAAGCAUUGAGAAAUCAAAAAUAGGACGUGAAGACACCGCAGAACGUGCAGCUCUAAUAGAAGAACUUGCUGCUCUUCGGCAGAAAAAAGAGCAGCUGAAGGCAGAAAUAGACAAGUACAGGGAAUGUGACCCGGACGUCAUUGAAGAAAUGCGCCAAACAAACAAAAUAGCCAAGGAGGCAGCCAAUAGAUGGACUGAUAACAUCUUUUCCAUAAAGUCCUGGGCCAAACGUAAAUUUGGAUGUGAAGAGAACAGAAUUGACAAAAGUUUUGGAAUCCCGGAAGAUCUGGAUUACAUUGAUUAGUGUUUAGCAGUUGAUGGCUGACACAGUUGUGCAUAGCUUGUUAAAUAUUCCCAGUUGGCAUUUAAAUGUGUAUCUGAAUCCUCUGUAAACAAGUGACCACUCUUGACA